CAUUAUCAUCACAUUAUUAUUUUUUUCCUUCGGCGUUGCUUUUGUUUCCUCAUGCUGUUCGAAUCGUUUUUAUUCACCUGUUGGUUCUUUACUAAAAAGUGAUUAACUUGACUCUACUUGAGGUCAAGUGGAAUCAAUGAGAAUCACCGGUCAUCAUGUCUACACCAUACGGUGUGUUGAUGGGAAACCUGAAUAACGCCAUAAGUAAACGUAAAGUGUGCACUAUGAUCGUGAAUGUCUUCAAUUAUGUAUUGGGCAUCAACAUUGCAUGGUAUAAUGUUAAUAUUUCCCCUUCACACACACACAAAAGUUUCACUGCAACCAUUUUUGUACCAAACGAAUUUUGUCAAAAUCUAGCAGUGAUCACCCUUAACGAGUCAAUGCUACCUUAUGGAUUGAUAAAGGAAGGGCAAAGGCUAAUAAUAGACUAUUUUUGGGGCAAUAAGGGACAAAAUGGUGGGACAGUGCUAACUACUCGAACAGAAAUUAAUUAUAAGAAGAGAAAGAAGAAAAGAGAGGAAAAGAGAACAGGUAGCCAAGGCAAGAAAGGUCAGGCUCAGUCUUUUGUCAUCAACAGUGCUAGUCCGGGAACUAAUGAACAUCAGUCUACAUCAAAUGAGGAAGAAUUGAGCGAGGAGGAAAAAACUGACGCGAGUAAUAAUGGCAACUUAUUGGAGUUAUAUAAUAAUGCUGAUUCUAUAGCAGAUCAACUUGAUAAAGUAGACUACUUAAAGAAAAAUCAACAGCUUGGUAAUGAGACUCGCAAAUUGGAAUUCAAGCGAGGUGAUGGUAAUUACCUCGGCAAUACCCUGAAGUCUGUUCUUGGGACAUACAUGAGUGCUUUCUUGAAUAGUAGCGGAGGAAGUCUACUCAUCGGUGUGGACGAUGGAGGUUUGUUGUAAUCCAGAUGAUUUAUGUCAGUGGUUGAAACUUGUGACCAGUGACGCAAAUCAAAUUAUGCCGAGGCUGAUGGGAAAUUAUGCUAAAUUAUGCCAAAUGUUAAAUUUAUGCCAAAUGUUAUAUUUCGAAUAAGCGCUCCCUCCUCCGUUGUUAUAACCAACUCCCUGAUCAGUCUCAGCAAUAGAGUAUCAGCCCGAGUUUCAGUAUCUUAAUUUAAAACUCAGUAGUCGGUAAUACACUACUCCCAGACGCAUGCCUCCCGGACGGACCGAACGAACGCGAAUUUUGCCUCCAGCCAAGACAGGACCGGACAGGAUUGAGUACCUGGCCAAAACCAUUUUCGAACCUGGCCAAAACUAUUUUCAAUGUGUGGUUAAAAGAAAAAAAAAACACAGAAAGGCAGCUGCAGUAU